AUGGAGAUAGGCGGAAGUGGACCGGCGACGAUUGGCCCGACGGGCGGGAUCCCUCGCCUCGGUCCGCAGGCAGAACGGUCCAGCGCAUGGAUUAAUCGCGAAGGGGGGCUGCAGCCGCCGACAGAGCGUGAGGCCCUUGUGGUGGACGCUCUGGCCGACAAGCGUCUGUACGAGCAAGAGUUGGCCAGGACACGAGAAGAAAACGCCUUUCUGCAGGAUCAGGUAAGAAGAGUAUCAGCGGAGUUGAAGAGGUACCAGGUUCGGUUCCCACGAGCAGCAGCAGACGCGGCUGCUUCAGCGACGGGAGCAGGCGCAAACGGAAGCAGGGGGCGAGGAGGAGAGGGUGGCGGAGAGGUUAGCGGUCCAGAUGCCGCGGACGAUGUUCCUCUUCCCCCGUGGGUGACGUCAUCGGAGGUCAUGUCUCCCCUCCUCGCGGCCUACGACGCCAGGAUACAGGACCUGGAGAGGCAGAAUGCGGCACAGAGGGAUGGCAUUGAGGAGCUCGCUGGUCGGACGCGUCAGCUCGUGGAGGAGAACGACACGGCAAAGCAUACUCGCGAGCUGGACGAACUGGUGCAGCAGGCCGGGGCAUCGGGAGGUCUGGGAGGGGUGGGCGCUAGGGAGAUGGUGGGAGAGCUCAACGAACGUAUUAACGUUCUCAUGGCAGAGAACACCGUCAUGGCAGACCAGACAUCGGCGAUGGCGAAAGAGCUAGAUGCGGUGCACGAGGACCUCGAGGAUCGGGAGGCACAGAUGGCUGCCCUGACGAAGGCCCUCAGCGAGGCCGGAGUCGGCCUACGGACGUUGGAAGAGAGGGUCCCCCGACUCGAGAGAGAGAAAGCCCACGCCGAGGGAGAGCUCAUGAAAGCCAUCAAUGCCAUGUCAGAAAGGGAGGCAGCGCUUGCCGAGGUGGGAGAAAAGCUGGGGGCUUCGAAAGAAGAGGCGAGACGUUUGUCGGUGAAAUUGACGGAGAUGGAGGCCGACCGCGCGGCGAUGGAAAAGCAGGCCGAAAACGACGCUGACGUUGCGGCGGAGCGCGUGCGCGCAACGGGUCAGCGUAUCACCGAGCUGCAAGGGCUGAUGGCGGCUCGGGGGCAAGAAGCAGACUUGAAUGGAGACAGAGCUAGGAAGCUCCAGCGGGAGCUCGACUCAACGCGCAGGGAUGCCGAGGGUAUGCUCCAGGUCAUGUCCGGCAUGGAGAGACAGAUCGCGGACUAUUCGUCUAGGGAGGAGUCAACCACCACCCUCGCCAAGGAGAGCAAGCAGAAGGUCGAGGACGCGCUCCUUGCAAGAGAUCAGGCAAGGGCUCUAGAGAUCCAGUCCCGCCGGGAGCUCGCCAGGGUACUCGAAGCGCGCAAGGUGGGCAAAGGCAGAUGCAUCAGGGCACGUGCGGGAGAUGGAGGAGGCCGUGCUGACGCUGAAGAACAAGUUUAUGGCGCAAGUCGCCGCUCGAGAUCGCGAGAUACAGGCGAGGACCUUGCAGCACAGGCGGCAAGGUUACGGGGGGAGGCGGAGCGGGCCGCCAGGGACCGCGCAGGGAUGGAAGGGGUGUACUCGUCGCUCAAGCAAGGGGUGGAGACGGAGACGGAGACUCUCAAGGCCAAGUUCGACGAGCUGCAAGAGAGGGUGCUCGAGGCCGAUGCCAAGCGAGAUGAGCACGAGGCCGCCGCCAGGGAGCUCAGGCAGGACGCCGUCGACGCCGAGAGGGAGUUCGCUGCCAAGGAAGCAGCGUUCAGAGCGAAAGAGAACCACCUCGACGACACGCUUAAAGCUAGGGAACGAGAGCUGGAUGCCAUACGUGUCAGUUUGAGGGCAGCCACCGACCACUCCGAGAACCGUCAGAGAGAGGCCAAGAGGCUAGCGGCAUUGCUCGAGGAGACGAGGGAGGAGUAUACCAGAAAGCUGGAGGAAGAAGCGCUAGUUCGAAAGGCGGAAGUGGAAGAAGCCAACGCUCACGCGGCCGUGUUAGAGAGAAGCUCAAGGGAGGCCGAGCGACGGGUGGUUGAGGUGGAAGCGUCGUUGAAGAAGCAGCUCCGGGCAGCGCAGGAGCGAGAGAGGUGUGCGGGUUUGUCGACGGAGAGGCGUCUUCGGGAGGAAGGGGAGAUCGCACAGAGGCUGUCCUCCAGAAACACCGACCUGCAGGGGCGUCUGGCGCAGCUUGCAACGGAGCGGGACGAAUCGGCGGCGGUGGCCAAGCGUGGGUCGGAGGAAAACGCAAGGCUAGAAAAGCAGCUCGUUGAUGCCCGCCGCAAGCUCUCUGAGCUUACGAUCCAGCUGUCGGAGACAAUCGGGCAGGCUGAGACGAGGGCGAGGGAUGAGGGUCGACUGAGGUCGGAGCUCAAGCGCCUGCAGAUCACCGCACAAAGGAGGGACAGGGAAGUUUAUUCAGGGACGAGAGGGGCGGUCGGUGGAUCGGGAUCGCAAUCGGCCCGACUGGUCUCGCUGUCGCACCACAGCAACCGUAUGCGACCGCUGGCCUUGGCGGAACACGGCGGAGGUAGCGGCGACUGCGUAACGGUGGCAGUUAGUGGAGACGGCGGCGGCGGUGUUGGAAUCAAACCUGGUGUUGCUUAGCGCCGUCACCGCGCGUGCGUUUCAGCAUGUUCACUCGGGCGAGAAACAUAGUUCUCAGCAAAUGCCUGUGGUGUAUUAGAUAGGCACGAUGGCCAGGUCUAGAGCUACAGUACUAUUUGCUGUUUCGUUGUGGUUUGCUGUAUUUUCGUCUUGUGUUGUAGUUUAGAACUGCUAUUACGCCUCGUACUACAAGGCCCGCAGUAUGACGUUCACCACACAGUCACUUGAUAUUUUCGGCUGUCGCAGGUACACGGUAUUUGGUACUUCCGAAGUAUUAUUGUCUUCCUGAAGACGACGUUGUGGAUUCACUUAUUGGGAAAUGUGCCGGACCUCUGGAAGUCGUGCGAGCUAAAGGCAUCGCAUGUUCACGUGGGUGUCGAGUUUUAGAAUAUGGACUCCGUAGUCUACUGUAUGUACAGAAGGGCGGUUAAACGAACACAGCAGGGUACAUGAAUA